AUGGCUACUGAUGUUGUGGACGAUCAUGAGAUGAGGGAGGCUCAGAGAGAUUAUUUGGACUUCCUUGAUGAUGAUCAAGAUCAAGGCAUUUACCAAAGUAAAGUGAGAAACAUGAUCAGCGAGAAUAAAUUCCGGCUCAUUGUCAACAUCAACGACCUGCGCCGCCGGAACGAAGUCCGUGCUGCGAAACUGAUGAACAAUGCUUUUGAGGAGCUCCUGGCAUUCCAGAGGGCAUUGAAAGACGUGGUUGCUUCUGUGGACGCCACCUAUGCCAAGCAGUGUGAGGAGUUCUUCAUCGGGCUUGAGGGCAGCUUUGGCAACAAGCACGUCACCCCUCGUACCCUCACCUCCCGCCUGCUGGGCAGCAUGGUGUGUGUGGAGGGCAUCGUGACAAAAUGUUCUCUUGUGCGUCCUAAAGUGGUACGCAGUGUCCAUUACUGCCCAGCCACCAGGAAGACCAUGGAACGCAGAUACACUGACAUGACCUCCCUCGAUGCCUUCCCAUCAAGUGCCAUCUACCCCACCAAGGAUGAGGAGAACAACCCUCUGGAGACAGAGUUCGGUCUGUCCAUCUAUAAGGAUCACCAGACCAUCACUGUGCAGGAGAUGCCUGAGAAAGCACCCGCUGGCCAGCUGCCCCGGUCGGUGGACAUUAUCCUGGACAAUGACCUGGUGGACACGGUGAAGCCUGGAGACAGGGUUCAGGUCAUCGGUACUUACCGCUGUCUGCCUGGAAAAAAGGGUGGCUUCACCUCGGGUACAUUCAGGACCAUAAUGAUAGCAUGCCAGGUCAAACAGAUGAGCAAGGAAAGUUCUCUCCUUUUCUCCGCUGAUGACGUUGCUAAGAUCAGGUCCUUCAGCAAGUCCCAUUCAAAGGCUGUAUUUGACCAGUUGGCGCGCUCCUUGGCUCCCAGUAUCCAUGGGCAUGAGUACAUUAAGAAGGCCAUCCUCUGUAUGCUGCUGGGUGGAGUGGAGAAAGUUCUGGAAAAUGGGUCGCGCCUCCGUGGAGACAUCAAUGUGCUUCUCAUAGGUGACCCAUCCGUUGCCAAGUCUCAGCUCCUGCGUUACGUGCUGCACAUAGCACCUCGCGCUAUUCCCACCACGGGCCGCGGCUCCUCCGGCGUCGGUCUGACCGCCGCAGUCACCACAGAUCAGGAGACAGGUGAGCGUAGGCUGGAGGCCGGUGCCAUGGUCCUUGCGGACAGGGGCGUGGUCUGUAUCGACGAGUUUGACAAAAUGUCUGACAUGGACCGCACCGCCAUUCAUGAGGUCAUGGAGCAGGGCCGGGUCACCAUCGCGAAGGCUGGCAUCCACGCCAGGCUGAAUGCCCGAUGCAGCGUCCUGGCGGCUGCCAACCCAGUCUAUGGUCGGUAUGACCAGUAUAAGACCCCCAUGGAGAACAUUGGUCUGCAGGAUUCCCUGCUGUCUCGUUUUGAUCUUCUGUUCAUCAUGUUAGAUCAGAUGGAUCCCGAGCAGGACAGAGAGAUCUCCGAUCACGUGCUGCGCAUGCAUCGUUACCGUGACCCCCGCCAGCCCGAUGGAGCAGCGCUAUCCUUAGGUGGCAGUGUGGAUGUGUUGGCCACUGAGGAUCCCGAUGCAGUUGAGGAAGAGGAGGAAGAGCUGCAAGUGUACGAGAAACACAACAACCUGCUCCAUGGCAACCGCAGGCGGAAGGAUAAAAUUGUGAGCAAGGAGUUCAUGCGAAAAUACCUUCAUGUUGCCAAGGCGAUUGCACCUGUGCUUACCCAAGAGGCAGCCAAUCACAUUGCAGAGGAGUACUCUCGACUUCGUAGCCAAGAGCAGCUUAGCUCUGACAUAGCCCGGACAUCUCCAGUCACUGCGAGAACUCUGGAGACCCUAAUCCGUCUGUCCACGGCCCACGCCAAGGCCCGCAUGAGCAAAGUCGUGGAGAUGCAGGACACGGAGGUGGCCGUGGAGCUCGUUCAGUUCGCCUACUUCAAAAAGGUUCUGGAGAAAGAAAGGAAGCGUUCUAGACAGAAGGAGAGGGACACGGCUUCUGAGGAUGAGGAGGAAACGCAGGACACCCCACGUCCGCAGAGAAAGAGUCGCCGCACCGCAUCACAGAGCAGCGAGACUCGUGAUGAAUAUGACUUCUCCACCGAGGGAGACAUUCCUGAGAUUCGCUCUCCAGCCCCUGCGAGGCCCGUGGAGGAGACGACAGAGACGCCUGGUCAAAAUGGACACACGGGAAUCUCUCCAGACAGGCUGAAAGAGUUUAAGGCGGCACUGCUGGACGUGUUCCGUUCUGCACAUGCUCAGUCUGUAGGCAUGAGAACCCUCAUGGAGGGAAUUAACAAGGGCACUCAGACGCCUUUUGACCCCACCGAGGUCAGAGUUGCCCUCAACCGCAUGCAGGACGACAACCAGGUCAUGGUUACAGAUGACAUCGUUUUCCUCAUCUGA